AUGAUUAAAUGUUUAAAAGUAUGCACGGAAUGCAUAGCUACAGUUUAUUUUAAAAAACUUAAAAACUUACGUAAAAAAGUACAAAAAUUUUUUUGUACUAAAAAUUCCAGUAAAAAAGUACAUGUACUUUGUUUUGUACUAAAAAUUUCAGUAAAAAGUACAUGUAUUUUUUUUUAUACGGAAAAAAGUAUAUGCUUAAAAAAAUCAAUUAAAAAAAAAGUACUAUUAAAAAUUAAUAAAUUAUGGAAAAAUAAUUUAAAUAAUAUUUAA